AUGAGUUAGUUAGUAGAAGUAAGUUAAUUAAUUUAUUUAUUUAUUAUUUAUUUAUAUAAGAACUAUUUUAGCUUAGUCAGACUUCAAUUGUUAUUGCAUCAAUAUCACCAUUUAGCAUAUUAGUAGGGUUUGAUUAUAUUUUAUUCUGAUAGAUAUCUUUUCUUAAGCUUUAUAUAGAAUGAGACUUAAUGCGUUUCUAUUGAAGAGAGCUCUAUUUAACGCUUUUUAGUACGGGUGGAGGGAGAAUUGUAUAGGGUGUGUAUACUGCAACCCCUCUUUCUUACAUGUAUCUUUUUCUUUCUAUUAUAAAACUUUCUAAUUAGUUCACUUUUCUUUUCUUGA